UGAUUUAAAGGCUCGCUGCAGAUCCGUGUGAUUUAUGUUCUAUGUCUCAGCACCGAGCUGCUUGAGGUUCAGUAUUUGCUCAUCCACCAACAUGUCUGCUCCUCUCGGGCCCAAGGGCGGCCCUCUGCCUCCUGCACAGACCAUCCUGCCCGAGAUGCCGGACCUCAGCCACCUGACAGAGGACGAGAGGAAGACCAUCCUGGCCGUCAUGGACCGGCAGAAGAAGGAAGAGGAGAAGGAGCAGUCUGUACUCAAGGUGAAAGAAGAACAAAAACCCCAGCACUCACAGAAAUUGCACCAGCAGUUUGAAAUGUACAAAGAGCAAGUAAAGAAGAUGGGCGACGAAGCUCAGCAGCAACAGGAGCAGAAGGGCGAUGCUCCCACCUGCGGGAUCUGCCACAAAACAAAGUUUGCAGAUGGCUGUGGCCAUAACUGUUCAUAUUGCCAAACAAAGUUCUGCGCGCGUUGUGGAGGGAGAGUGUCAUUGCGCUCAAGCAAGGAGGAUAAAGUGGUGAUGUGGGUAUGUAAUUUGUGCCGAAAACAACAAGAAAUCCUCACAAAAUCCGGAGCCUGGUUUUACAAUACUGGGUCAAAUACAGCACAGAAGCCCGGUGAAGAGGCCCUGGAAGGGCUCCAGAACGAAGAAGCACCUCAGGAGAAGAAGGCUAAGCUGCAAGAGCAGUCCCAGUACCAGGGACCCUCAGGGGACUUAAUCACAUCAGCCUCAGACAAAAGCCGGCCGCAAGGGAUCGUUAGGCAAGACUCCAUUAAAAAUGGCUCUGGAAUAAAGCAUUCAGUUCCCAGCGAUCUACCAUCUGACAGGAAAAGAAGUCCAUCCAUAUCCAGAGACCAGAAUCGAAGAUACGACUCUCCGGACGAUAUAGGGGAACAUUCACAGUAUGUUACAUCAGACAGCGCAAUGCCUAGAUCACCAUCAGAUUUCUCUGACCGGCGAUCGCCGCGAGGGCCUCAGAUGUAUGAUGAACCUGAGCACAGUGAUUACCGGAGAAGUCGGAGGCGUUCUAAUGAGUAUUCGGUAGAUGAGGAGGACAUUCAGGACAGGGAUGAAUAUGAAAAACAAAGGCGGGAGGAAGAGUAUCAAGCAAGGUAUAGGAGUGACCCCAAUUUGGCUCGAUAUCCGGUAAAACCUCAACCUUACGAAGAACAGAUGCGCAUCCAUGCGGAGGUUUCACGGGCGCGACAUGAAAGGAGACAUAGUGACGUUUCUCUAGCUCACACAGAGCUAGAAGAGUCUCGGAUGUCAAUGCUGAGGCUAGACAGACCGUCACGGCAAAGGUCUGCAUCUGAACGUAGGGCGGCCAUGGAGAGUCAACGCUCUUAUUCUAUAGAAAGAACUAGAGAUGUGCAGGGGCCAAGUCCUGGUCGACAAAGGAACUCAAAUCAUAGUCCCCCAACUCCUAGGAGGAGUCCCAUUCCUAACGAUAGGCCAGAGCUGAGGCGCACUGAUUCUUUAUGUAAACAGCACCACUUGGAUCCAAGUUCUGCGGUGAGGAAAACCAAAAGAGAAAAAAUGGAAACCAUGCUUAGGAAUGACUCGCUUAGUUCAGACCAGUCUGAAUCCGUCCGGCCCCCACCGCCCAAGCCUCAUAAAACGAAAAAGGGAGGUAAAACGCGUCAGAUCUCGUUGAGCAGCUCAGAAGAAGAGCUGGCAUCAACACCGGAGUACACGAGUUGUGACGAUGUUGAGAUUGAGAGUGAAAGUGUGAGUGAGAAAGGUGACAUGGAGUAUUGGAUGGAGCACACCUCUUGGCACAGCAGUGAGGCAUCCCCAAUGUCUUUGCACCCUGUAACGUGGCAAGCGUCCAAAGAUGGCGACCGAUUAAUUGGCCGCAUCUUGUUAAACAAGCGGUUAAAAGACGGAAGUGUACCUCGAGAUUCUGGAGCUAUGCUUGGUCUAAAGGAUGCACAUGCUAAAAACUGCAACAAGUGCAGCAAGUAUGAUUUUUUAAAACUGCAUAGAUUCAAAGUGUGCCAAUGGAACCAGAAAGGAGGUAUGGAAAUCAAAGUGUGCCAAUGGAAGCAGAAAGGAGGUAUGGAAAUCAAAGAGUGCCAAUGGAACCAGAAAGGAGGUGAUGAAGUAUUAGAGUGGAAUGGGCAGAUAUUACAAGGCGCAACAUUUGAAGAAGUUUACAAUAUUAUUCUGGAGUCCAAACCAGAGGCACAAGUAGAAUUAGUGGUCUCCAGACCCAUAGGAGAUAUUCCCAGGAUACCCGAUAGCACACACGCCCCGCAAGAUUCCAGUUCUAGUUCAUUUGAGUCCCAGAAAAUGGACCGUCCCUCCAUAUCUGUUACUUCCCCCAUGAGCCCUGGAAUGUUGCGUGACGCUCCCCAGUUCCUGUCUGGACAACUCUCAAGCCAAAGCCUUAAUAGAAGAACUCCGCCUUUUGUUCCUAGGGUCCAGAUAAAACUCUGGUAUGACAAAGGUGGUCAUCAAUUAAUAGUCACUAUAUUAGGAGCGAAGGACCUACCAUCGAGGGAAGAUGGAAGACCGAGAAAUCCUUAUGUUAAAAUUUAUUUUCUUCCCGAUCGAAGUGAUAAGAACAAAAGAAGAACAAAGACUGUGAAGAAAACAUUAGAACCCAAAUGGAAUCAAACAUUCAUCUACUCUCCGGUUCCUCGAAGGGAGUUUAGAGAACGAAUGCUGGAGAUUACACUUUGGGAUCAAGCCAGAGUUCGAGAGGAAGAAAGUGAAUUCUUAGGAGAGAUUCUAAUAGAAUUAGAAACUGCACUUUUAGAUGAUGAGCCACAUUGGUACAAACUACAGACGCAUGACGUGUCUUCAUUGCCACUACCCCACCCAUCACCCUUUAUGCAGCGGAGGCAGAUGCAUGGGGAAAGCCCGACCAGAAGAUUGCAAAAUAAAGGCCAAUAUUCAUUUAAUUCAGGAUCCAAGAGAAUAAGUGACAGUGAAGUGUCUGACUAUGACUGCGAUGAUGGCGUUGGGGUUAUUUCAGAUUACCGGCAAAAUGGACGUGACAUGCAGAGUUCAACAUUAUCUGUUCCAGAGCAAGUCAUGUCAUCCAAUCACUGUUCCCGGACAGGACCCCUACAUGUAGAUAGUAUAGGAAGGACGAGAUCCUGGUCUCCAAGUGUUCCACCUCCUCAAAGUAGGAGUAUGGAACAGGGACCAAGAGGGACAAGAUCUGGCCCUGCACAGUACAAUUUCAUGGGCAGAGGGGAAAGGCAUCGUGUAUUAGAUAACCACCACUCCCCAAACAGAGAAAGGAAUUGCGAACCGGCAGAUAGACACCCAUAUCAAAGAUCCAGGUCCACAGAGCAACGGCCUGUACUUGAGCGGACCAACUGCCGCUCCCGAUCCACUGAGCGCCCUGAUUCAAACCUCAUGAGGUCGAUGCCUUCAUUAAUGACGGGAAGAUCUGCCCCUCCUUCACCUGCCUUAUCGAGGGCACAUCCUCGUACUGGCUCUGUUCAAACAAGCCCGUCAGGCACACCGUUAGCAGGACGCAGAGGUCGUCAGCUGCCGCAACUCCCACCGAAAGGGUCGCUGGACCGAAAAGUUACUUGGGAAGACCAGCAGAGAAAGGUGAAUGGUGCAAUAACUGAUGACAAACAAUUGCCAAGAAAGAAAGCCCAUUCAGAGCCAGAAGACUUGGACUCACCACGGAGACGAAACUCAGAAGAGGGCACAGCAGAGCCAGAAAAUGGGGAUCCAGGUUCGAUGGAUGUAGAAGAGAGGAAUCGGCAGAUAAAGAUGAAGAUCAACAAAUAUAAGCAGGUGGCUGGCUCAGACUCAAGGCUAGAAAAAGAUUAUCAAUCCAAGUACCGGCCCGGGCGAGAUCAACAGAGGGGCUCAGACAAUGUUUCCAACAAAUCCUCAGACAGCGAUGUGAGCGAUGUCUCUGCCGUUUCCAGGACAAGCAGUGCCUCCCGCUUCAGCAGUACGAGCUAUAUGUCUGUCCAGUCUGAGAGGCCGCGAGGAAACAAAAAAAUAAGGAGACUGAGGGAAAUACAAGAGAGAGCCGAUAGGAUUGAGGCAGGGCAGGGAGGGGAGAACCACCUUGUCUUCCCGGAGGAGAAUGAGGAGGAGGAGGAGGAAGUCACACAAGAGCUGAAUAGCGAGAAAGUGGGAGAGGGGUUGCAGGAAGUCAGUGAAAAUUGCACCAAGAAGCAAAGCAAAGGGUCAUUAGAUGAAGAGAGCCUACAUGAUGAGAAACCUGAGGAACAGCAUGACCCAACAGACGAUUGCAAGGAAAGUCUGCCAAGGAGGUUGUCAGAAAAUGACAUCAGUGUUUUUACAUCCAAAAUGCAAAGCAGACAGAUGGGAGCCUCUGGAAAAAACAUGACUAAAAGUACCAGCAUCGGAGGAGAUAUGUAUACAUUGGAGAAGAACGACGGAAGCCAGUCCGACACAGCUGUGGGAACAGUUGGCACAGGAAACAAGAAACGGCGAUCCAGCAUCGGCGCCAAAAUGGUGGCUAUUGUUGGCUUGUCACGGAAAAGCCGAAGUACCUCGCAGCUCAGCCAAACAGAAGUUGGAGGUAAAAAAUUGAAAAGCACGAUCCAACGAAGUACAGAAACUGGACUAGCAGUAGAGAUGAGAAAUUGGAUGACCAGACAAGCAAGUCGGGAGUCUAACGAUGGGAGUAUGAACAGUUACAGCUCUGAGGGAAACUUAAUAUUUCCUGGAGUUCGGUUGGGUUCUGACAGCCAAUUCAGUGACUUCUUGGAUGGAUUAGGUCCUGCACAGUUGGUUGGACGACAGACCUUAGCAACUCCUUCAAUGGGGGACCUUCAGAUUGGAAUGAUGGAUAAGAAAGGACAGUUGGAGGUGGAAAUUAUACGAGCGCGUGGGCUUGUAGUAAAACCAGGGUCCAAGACACUGCCAGCACCGUACGUAAAGGUGUAUCUAUUAGAAAAUGGAGUUUGCAUAGCCAAAAAGAAAACAAAGGUAGCAAGAAAAACGCUGGAGCCUUUAUACCAGCAACUGUUAUCUUUUGAAGAAUCACCGCAAGGAAAGGUCUUACAGAUAAUUGUUUGGGGUGACUAUGGACGCAUGGAUCACAAAUCUUUUAUGGGUGUGGCACAGAUACUUUUAGAUGAACUGGACCUGUCCAACAUGGUGAUUGGAUGGUUUAAACUAUUUCCCCCCUCCUCUCUAGUAGACCCAACAUUGGCCCCUUUAACCCGGAGAGCUUCUCAGUCAUCUCUUGAAAGUUCCACGGGACCUUCUUAUUCUAGGUCAUAGCACCUGUAAAAUAAACUGUUGUCUCUGCAACCAGCGUUUCAAAAAAAAAUAACAAGAAAAUCACAAGAUACCGGAAUAUGACAGGUCGCGCACCCUGGUAAACACUGCAUGCUUAAUUUUGUGUCUUCUGAGCCUGUUGCUAGGGAUACUGGGCGAUCCUGCAUUCUCAGCGGAAGUCGCACACAUUGUGCGCUAUAGAAGGCUCUCAGGUGAUGGAGGGGAGCUAGCCGACGGUAUUGAAGACCAGUGAAGCUCAGUUCUAGUUGAGUCUGAAGCCAUGGAUUACUGACACUAACAAAAUAAAUAUUUCACGCAACGAAAGUCAUCUUCAGUGACAUUUCCACGUUGUUGCAACAUUUUCUUUUUUAUAUUUUCCCCCAAAGAUUGGGAACGCCUAAGAAGGAACCCUAAGGAGAUCGAUAACGUACGGGGUACUACAAAGAGCAUGAAGUCCGAUGGAACGCCAGUGUUAUUAAGAACGAUCAUUAUAGAAGGUCACACAUGCCCAUAGUUUAAAGCAAAGUUGGCUUAGCAGUAACCUAAAAGGAGUCCACUAUUUGAAGAAUUUCACCGGGGAAGAAUUUUUCUGUGGUUAUCCGGUACUUCAGAGACUAAAAAAAAAAAAAAUUAUUUUUUGCAUGAACACGGAUCUAAGUGAACACUAAAAUUAUUUUCUUUGGGCUGCAACUUGCAAAAAAAUACAAAACAAAAUAAUAAAAAAGAUACAGCCAUUUUCAACAAUUUAUAUUCUUUUUAAGAAACAAAUUUCACUAGUGCAUGGUUUUAAAAAAAAGGGAAGCGAAUGCAACGGCGUGAAACAAAGACAAACCACGUUUAUCAUUCUAAAAA